CCUCACCAUUCGUCCAUCGCCAUAGGGCUUUAGGUGGAUGAUGAGAUCAAACAAGGGGAGAGGGGAGGACGAGGUGAAAUGUGAUCAAGCUGAGAUUGGGGCCUGCGCGUUGAUUUGUUUUACGUCAGUGGAGAAGUAGAUGCGUCUGCUACGACUCCACCUUUGGUUAAGAAACGUUUUCCCAGUGAAAGAAAACGCUCGACUGCGGCUCGUGUAUUUUACGCUUUCCGAAAGUGUCGCAACAUCCCGCGUGGAUGACGCUAUCCUGCACGGAGAAAACUAUUUUGUAUUCCUUUAACAUCUCACGAAAUUAAAUGCAAAAUGUCUAAAUUCCUGCACUUGCAUGAACCGGCCAUUAUCUAAUGAUAUAUUGUACAUACUGUAUCUUAUAGAAAAAGAAGUUUCAGAUAAGUUGAAUUUGUUGGGUGCUUUGGCACAAGAUUUCAAAGGAAAAGGAUCUGUAGCUUUCGUAAAUUGUGGGUAUGUGUAACCGUUUUAUUUAAAAGUGUAUAUGACAUGAAAUAUCUUAUUUUCUUGAAUGAAUGAAAAUUUUUAGCGGUGCAAUACAGCAUGCAAAAUUUGAACAUAGGUCACCAGACAAAAUAAAGAGAUAUAGCGCAUUGUUUUUCUAAAAUGGAAAAUUCUAAUGACGUCAGCAAUUGACAUAAAACGCUAUAGAACACGCGCAAUGACGUGAGAUGGCGCGAGCAACUGCUCACGUCAGGUCAUUUUGGAAGUUCUGUCAUUUUGUUAAUCAGUUUCCGCGACCUGCGCGUAAAAAUGGUCAACCGGUUUUGAGUUCGCGAUUCUUGAACAGGGUUUUUGUGAUAACUAUAUCGAGCCACCUUAAGCUGUAGUGUAACUUAUUUUCCAGUUUCUUGUUUUCAUGGUUUGUUCCCGAGAUAUUUCAAUUUGUUUGAUAUGUAAAUGAGUGUGAAUAUGUCCGCUAAUUUAUGACGUCACUUUGGUUGCAAGCUCAACUUAUACUGGUUAUAAAUCUAUUAACUCUCAAAACUCUAGAUAUCAGUUCACGUUUUUCUCCAGUAUUUCAUCACAUUUCCCAAUGAGUGAAGUUUGAAAUUAUCAUCUUGGACAAAUUUAAAUAUCUCUGGAAAAAACUAUAAAAACAACAAACUGAAAAAUAAGUUACACUACAGCUUGAAGAGUUCUUUCAUUUAAGAAAAUUUUCAUGUCAUAUGCACUUUAAGCAGCGCCUACAGGUGCUUCUCUUUGCAUUAUUUUAUUAUCACAGUUACACCGUAACGGUUCUUACGUGGCAAUACGGCUGGCAAUGUAACUUCAUUAGAAUAACGUAACUAGUAAUUUUAUAUUUUUAAUUGAUACUUUGCAUCACUGAUUAUUGACAAUCAAAUACCAGGAGAUCAGUAAUGAUCAAUGCAUGAUAAUGAUAAAUUUCUUGCUUGCAGGGAGUAUUCCAAAUUAUGCAAGAAAUUCAAAAUUUCUGCCAAGUAUGGUCCAGUAUUAAAACAUUACAAGUAAGUCAAAUUAUACUUCCUAAAAUGUGUUUCGUGUUCAUAUAUUUCCUCUUUACACAACACUUUCCCUAACUCUUGUCCUGCAUUUGAGACGUUAUGGAUGAGACAAAACCUCAACAAGAAUGUAUAUUUCUUUCAAACAGAAAUGGUAAAUUUAAUAAAGAUUAUGAUAGAAAAGACACUUUAAAGGUAUUUUCGAUAUCUUAUUUUUAUACCAAUAAAUUAGUAUGCAUAAAUAUUUCGCCAAACACGCGUGUGAUUUUUCAUUAAUACUUCUCGAACCGUGUAAUUUCCGGCCCUUCGAUUCCGGUAUAUCUCCUGUAAUUGAUAACUAGUCUACCUAUUUUCACAAUCUCUAGUCUCUUACAACUUUCAUGAAUAAUCCAACUGGAGACACGCCGUGGGCAGAAGAGCCUGGUGCCGACACUGUUCGACAUGUUGAUGGCGAUAAGGUCAGUUUAUCCAGUUAUUUUUAUCACUAUAUUUAAAGUACGUCUUAUAGCCAGCAUUUCAAAACAAUCUCGUAACUCAUGAUACAAUGAGAAGCCGAAGGCAUGCUGCCAAGCAUAUAUUGUACGUAUUAAUCUGUAAAAGGCGUACCCAAGUUAUUUUUCUGCGAUUUUUAGGAUUUGGCCAAGUUAGUAACCAAAGAGAAGAAGCCCCUUUUUGUUAUGUUUUACGCACCUUGUAAGUGGUCAAAAUGAUCUUUAUUAUACUCUAUUUAUUUUUGCAUGGAGGUUUGUGAGUUCAAAGCGUAUUGUUAACUUAGUUGCAAAUCUUAAAGAAUUUUUUUAUGUAUUUUCGGGUCCAUGGAAAUCCAUGAAAAACUAAAUGUCAUCAUUUUCGGCCGCCGCCUCUGUUUCCCAGAAAUUAUUGUCUUUCAUGUCUUGAAUGCAAAUAAAAUCGUCUGCUGUGGGUUCUAGUUUUUCUCGUUUCCACGGCGUUUCUUUGUAUGCAACUAACCCUUUUAACCUGCAUGUUCGUAAAAAUCGAUUGCAAAUCUAAUUUAAUUUUUAUGGUUUGUGAUAAAACGCCAUUUGGUAGCAUUGCCAACUUAAUGUGUUUCCAACUAACAUUCAGUAAAACCUGAAAUUGUUUCAAAAAGUAUUUUUAGUCUACUGUACUGUAGUUUGACGGGGUAAAAUAUUCCUAAUAGCACCCCCCCCGCAAUCCACCCAGUUUAUAACGCAUUACUAAAUAUUUUUUCAAUGUACAGGGUGCGGAUUCUGCAAAAGAUUAAAGCCAGUUUAUCAAGAAAUUGCUACGGAAGUGAAACAAUCUGUUGUAAGUAGUUACGUAUUGUGUCAGGCUUGUUGUUAAACUCGUAUAGAUGUACAAUUGAGUUGUCGCCUUGCAAACCCCCAGAAUGUUCUAACACAGAAAUUCAAACACAUUUAAUUUGUCUAAUUGUGUUAAACUUUCUGUAAAUGUCUCUAGCUUCUCGCGGGAAUGGAUGUUGACAAUGCCGAUAGUAUGAACACAAGAAUGCAGUUUAAUAUUACCGGAUUUCCAACAUUAAUAUACUUUCAGUAAGUUGAAUUUUCGUCUACGUUUCAGUUGAGCUGCUCCCGAUUAAUCGAUUGUUUUGUGGGUUUUUUUGGCAAUCGAUUAUUCUUAACUAUAAACGCUUUAACAAAACAGCUGUGCAUAUAGCAUGAUAACUUUCUUUCCCGAGUGAAAGAGGUUUUCGAUGUGAUCAAGUGACAAACGCGACUUGUUUUAUUAUUUCUCUACUGCCACUAACGCUCGCAGUUGCUGUCAAAUAAAAGCGUUGAAACAUUAACAUUGGAGGCGACAUUAACUAUACCGUGGACGUGUCUAGAUUGAUUCAAUACGAUCAAUCGAUUGUUGAUGACGAUUACUCAUUUACGAUAAUGAACCGUGGGAGCAGUUCUAUUUCAGCAAUAAAUGUUACAUGCAGUAUGAUCUAUACUGUUCAUUUAAAUAAUACGAUACUGAGUACUUCUGGUACAAUCACUUGAACAAAUGUAUAGACUUUGUACUGUAUAUGUCCGUGUGAGAUGUACUAUUUAAAACACGAGAAGGAGUGUUUUAUCAUAUUUAAAACGCGAGGCGCAGCCGAGCAUUUUAGAUAUGAUAAAACGCGAGUUCGAGUGUUUUGAAUAGCUUAAAUACGACUACAAAAGAAUACUAAUUAGGAUGAACAAUUAUAUCAUCAUACUAAUUAGGAUGGACAAUUAUAUAAAGAAUACUAAUGAAGAUGAGUUUUAUCAGAUAUAUAAAAGUCACUCCACAUGACAUAUUAUGACUGACAUGAUUUGCCAUAAGGUUUAUGAAUUUUUAAUGAGUAUUUUAAGUAUUAUUCAAAAACUCAUUAAUAAUUCAUGAAGCAAUUAUCCAAUCUUGAGUAAGAAAUUAGUCACGUGCAUACGUCUUUAUACCAGCUAAAGAACACUUUAACAAAAGACCAUUGUUACGCUGCGCGCUCGUGGCUUUAAACCUAAUAAAACACUCCUGCUCGUUUUUUAAAUAGUACAUUAAGGUUUAGUUUAUAUAAAUAUCAACCAUAGAUAUCGUUUAAAAAAUAUUAUAAACCUUUCUGAGCGUACUGUUGGCAGAAUAACUGGAAAGUAGCGUUAGGUAAUCUUUAGGGUCUCUUUAAGCAGUCUUUGUUCGUUUAAUCUAAAUGCAUCUCAAUUCAUGUUUCCCUGUGUAGUGGUGGCAAGGAAUUGCACAGAUAUAAAGGAAAACACGAGAAAGAUCUUCUAAUUGAAUGGCUUCAAAAGUAAGUUUAUUCUUAAAUUACUGUUGUCGUCGUCGUCGUCGUCGUUGCCAGUUUGAAAUUACACAGUUGUUUAUACAAACAAGGCCGUUACCUUGCCCUUCGGAAAGCACCGCAAUCAUGCACAGGUAUUUGAAGGACUAAGAUUGAAUUCCUCAGUUUGAAUGGAAGAAAACCACACUUCUUUCUAAUCGUCUGGUUUUUAUUUUACCCCUUCUGAUUGACUUCUUUUUUACCUCGCCUGCAUUUUAGGAUGUUGAGAUGCUACUUUCAUUCACAGUCGAAAAACUGUGUGCGAUUAGGCACAUAUUAUAUACGAUUAUGACAAUUAUGAUUACUUGUAUUGACUUUAUUGUUUAAUAAAUAGUUAUUGGUUUUAUGAUAUCCAGAAUUAUCAAGGCCGAAACCUUGAUAGUAUAGUGUAGAUAAUCAUACAAAUCUCCUGAAGACUUUCAGGAACGUUGGGUGCUGUUUGUAGCCGCUGUGAACAUGUUUGGCAAAAUACAAGAUAAUUUAUUCAUACUCCUGAAUACAUAAAUAAAAUGAUGUAUCAAAAAUUUUUUAACUUAGGCUAAUACAGAAAGGAGAUACUCACAUUAUAACUAAUUUGAAAGUAUGAACUAUGAAAAGUUUUAUCAAGAAUAUCACACGAGAAAACUAUAUCGUUCGUUAUUUAAAAUUGUAAAAGGGAAUUUUUAACGACACCUUUAAGUUGAGUUUUGAUGGAAUGAUGCCAGCGCAUGCAAUAGCGCACAGCAUUUAAAAAAAUCAUCAAAUAUGCAGUCAGUAAUUCACCAGUGUGGAAAUCAAACAGAAAUAGAGCAUUAUCAAAAAGAAAUAGAUCAACAAUUGUAUAUAUUGAGUUGUCUAAAAGCGGAGUUGUAUGGCUGUUAAAGUUAGAAAAGGUUAUAAUUCUCACGUUUUUGAAAUCGGAUCAGAUUAGAUUGUAGAAAGAUAUGUAUUACCCCAAACCGUAAUCCAACACCGACCCGCGUUAACUCGAACCAUUUUUCGCUUCCCUUGGGUGUUUGAGUUAGCGAUAUUCUACUCUAUUUAAAGACAAUUUGUCAGCUGUCAGCCAAGUGAAGAUUUUUUGUAGAUUUCUCUUUAUGAUUGUUUCUGUUCACGCAUAAAAUAAUUGUAUCGUCUGGAAAUAUGUUACAUUCAAAAGCCUCACUACGAUUAUAGAAAUCAAUUAUAGUAAUCAACAGAAAAGAUGAAGUCCUUGUGGAACGCCAUAUGUAAAACCAGAUAUAUCAUACUGGACAUGGGCAAUUGAAACAAAUGAACGUUAAAGAAGAGGGGGGAAAGGCGAUACACAACAAAAUAAGCUUUGCGCUGAUUUGUGUUCCCACAUAGACAGUUGUUCAGACAAGGUAAUUUUCUGGAAUACGAGGCGUUCCAGGUUUAUAACUGAUAAAAUAUGCGUUUUAUUUGGGUGUCUGUAGACGCGGGCAUUUUAAUAUUUCGUUAUAAUUGCUUGCGCAGACAAAUUGAGAACAAUUAAUGCAAACUUUCACAGUAAAGGCUAAAAUUAAACGACCAACAAUCCGAGGGGCUAUGAUCGUAAUGAGUGUCCUUUAUUUGUGUUUUCAGUCCAACAGAUGAAGCUCCAAAAGAUGAGGAAGAAGAACAAUGGAAGGACUCGCCGAGCGAAGUUGUCCAUUUGACUGAUGAUUCUUUUGAUGACUACAUUGCCUCUAAUCCCUCCGUACUUGUCAUGUUUUAUGCUCCUUGUAAGUAAACAACAUUUGGAAAUGAUGAACUAAAAGAAUACCGAAUGGUUUUCCGUGCAGGAUUGCGUGAUCCAUGCACGAGAGAUGUCGCGAGACUUUCGGAAAGCGUAAAAAUACUCGAGCCGCAGGCGAGUGUAUUUUUACGCUUUCCGAAAGUCGAACAACAUCCCAAGUGCAUGGAACACGCUAUCCUGCUUGAAAAACCAUUUGGUAAUUGUUUUAUAAAAUAACUGCAGUGAAACAAUGACAUUUUGAAAAUCCCGCGAAGGCAUUUUAAUUCCUCGUGCAGGAUAGGCUGAUCCUGCACGGCUAUUGACCAAUCAAAUUGCGUGUUUCACUGUAGUUAUUAUAUAAAUCGUUUUACUCUUAUCUUCCCCACACUGCACUACAGUCAACGUUGGUAACGUUGGAGUAUUUGGGCGUUCAGUCAGUCGGUUACGUUUUAACUUAAGCAACGCGUCUUACGAGAAUGAGAAUUGAUGUGAGUUAUUAAUUAUAAUUAUAAUAAUUAAAUUCGUUACAAAGGUUUUCACUGACACUGAUAUACAUAACAUGUUACAAGACAACGUACGUGACUGGGAUGAGGAACAGGACUUUCGUCCCAGUUAAUGUCUGACUUUAAAAAUAAUUCUGGUAAUACUACCAGAAGUGCGAUUCGAAUCCACGCGUGCAAUCACAUACUGGAACUUAAUUGAAUCCAACGCCUUAACCACUCGGCCAACCUAGUGUCACAUCCUUUGUUACGGAACAUUUCAAGCUCCAGAUUAAUUAACAAAGUAAACGUUUGAUGAGUGUUAAGAAUAUUUUAACUUAAACAGAAUACGUGCCAGUGUUGAGAAUGCCAACUCUCAUGCGCUCUCAUCCUCAUUUGAUCUGUACAGUUCCUAUAUGCAGCACAAUAAUGAAGAUACUUUAGCUUCGGAUAGGAAGUCAACGAUAAAUUUAAGUGUGGGAGAUUAGAAUCAUGCUUGCCAAAAGCAGGGCGCGAAAUAACGGCCGGUCAACGGGCAAUGUCCGGCCAGAAUGCGGAGUUGUCCGGUCAAAUUCUUACCUUGCCGGUCAUUUUGACCGGUCACUUUCGGUAAAAGAACAAACUAAUCUUCAUUUUAUAAUAAUAAUCAAAAUAAAGUGGUCAAGUACAGUAUUAUAAUUAAGAACCAUAACAUGCAUGUUGUCGAAUAUUUUGCAGGAAAACAACUUCAAUGUACACCAGUUUUCGCACGCAGUACGUCACAAAGCCCAUGGCCAUGCCUUUGGCUUAAGAGCUAAGACCAUGCUUUUAGCCCAGUACAAGCUGUUUUAUGUGAAGGAAUUUUUAAUUACUGAUUACAGUAAGGCUUUUUGUACUGCUAUACUGGGAAAAUGGUCACAUUUUUAGGGGUAUACUUUACUAGGCUUUGCUUUAAGCUGAAUAAUUUGACUGGCCAGAAAUUCGGUAUGUCCGAGCCAAAAUUGAGUUGGCCGGUCAUCUUGACCGCCGACCCUCCAGCCGUUAUUUCGCGCCCUGAAAAGAGAACUGGAUCUCGACGUCUCGUUCAAAUAUAACUCCUAAGCAAUGCAUGUGGCCUCAAAAGUACAAGUUCAAGAUAACCAUGUCUUGCAGCAUUCACCUUCAAUUUUUUUUUACUUAAUUCACAAAACAGACUUUGUGCGCCUACACCUUGGCACAUUGCAGCCUUUCCAAAAUUUGAAAUUGGCAUGAUUCAUUUGUUUUGUGCCAUCCUAAUAAAGAAAAAAAUCUUUCUUAGGAAAAUCGGUGUUCUACCAUAGUUAAAUGUGGUUAAAUAUAUUUAAGUAAGGUUAACGGCGGAUGUAUUAUGCAGGCUACAUCCGCUGAGGGGAGCCCGUGACGUCAUAUCGAUCAAAGGGGGGUUGUUUCGCGCCUUGUGAUCAGUGCUUUGGUCUGGGUAUUCAUUCUGCCAUUGUAUGCUUUGCCUAGUUGCAGCAAGUUUAACGCCUCGUUACUCUUUCCCCACCCACCCAUGUUAUUCUAGAGGAUUUUAUCUGGUAGUAUGUCGGGGGUUUUUUAUCCUUUUUUUAUUUUUUUUAAAUUUUUUUUUUAAAGUUUUAAGCUCACAGGAAAUAGGAUGUAUAGACCACUAUACAUUGUACUUCGUUUCCACUGACUUGUCAGUGUGACUGGUGCCGGAGGUAUGCCUUGGCAGAAUUAUCAUGGCUAACUCUUUUUGCUGCUAAUAUUACUGAUUGUUGCUGCUAUGGCAAUACUUCUUGCCAUCAAGGCUAGUUGCGGCCUUGGACCACAAACGGCACCUACCUCCAAACACUAAUACUCUGCCGUUAACAUAUAUUAACUAUGGUAGAUGGUAGAGCUUUAAGUUUUCAUGCAUUCAAAUUUGGUGUUAUUGCAUUUUUUCUAAAGGGUGUGGCCAUUGUAAAGCAAUGAAACCAGAAUAUGUGGACGCAGCUCAAACGAUGAAAGAUGAAGAUGUAAGUUGGAACAGAAAUUUUUACCUAAACUGGACAUGGCCUAUUACAGCGCACUAUGUCAACAUUGUAAUCUACCAACGCACUACACGUAACAUACCUAAAAUAAUCAUUAGACUGAGAAUAUUCAACGUCAUCUACAUUCAAAUUUCGUUGAUGGUCAGAGCUUAAGACACCAUCAUCUACGUUGAACUUCUGUAAACAGUUGUUGUAUGGUCCAGCCAGCAAUGCGUACACACUUGUCGCAACUUUUAGUAUGUUUUAAUGACAUCGUGCACCAUGCUCGCAAGAAUCAUCUAACUGUGAAAAUCUUGUAUUACUUAGAUUCCCGGCACGUUGGCUGCUGUAGACGCUACAAAAGAGACUGCUCUUGGAAAGAGAUUUGAAGUAAAAGGUUUUCCCUCUGGUAAGAGUCUGGUAAUGAGGAUAAAAAAUAUGGUGUUCAUUCGAUAGUUUUGGUCAACCUGUCCCAAAUUUAGAUUUAGAUUUAACGUUUCUUUUUUCUACUUCAACUUUUUUUCAUUCAUUGUUCUUUUUCUUUGUUUUUUUUCCUCUUUCCUGGUUUGAUGCAACGUUUUUGGAAACAGUGAAAUACUUCAAGUAAGAAAUGUGUAAUUUAUGAAGAAUGAAUGAAUAAAGAAAAUAUUUAAUCAGGGAUGUCCGAUCCAGCAUAGCUGGUUUAAACGGAGCACUGGCUACAAACAAAAUUACAACCAAUAUCAUAAAUAUUUACAUGCAAUCUAAAUAUUAUGGUAAAGUCUAAUGACUAUAAUUUGGAAUAUCAUUAAAGGGCUUUAGCAACUUCUUAAGAUCUAUCUUAAAUUUCGAGAAACUAGUACUGUACUUGGAGGUUUUAUUCUUGAACUUUCUUAAUAUUUUAUUUCAGAGAUGGAGAGUUUGCUUUUGAGAUGAAUGAACGGAAAGCUGAUACCAUUGUAGAUUUCAUGAAAGAGUGAGUACUGUUUCAGAUAUAUUCAAAACUAGUUUCAUAUUAUUCUGGAACUGCAGAAUGCCACUCGAGACGACGAAUUUUUCGUUGUUCUUUGCAGGUAAGAAUAAUAUGCAACUAGUGAUUGUAGUUCUUCAUCUGUAAUAAACACAGGCCUAAAUACGUUAGUUUGGUAGGUUGAUUUCAUCUUCGUUUAUGUUAAGUUUUAACAGUCGCAGUAAGAGAAUGCCGAAAAGUGUCGUAAUAAUUUUGUUCAUGGAACGCAUUAUGUUAUGCUUCUCGGCAGAAUAACUGCCAAUUAAAUGCUCGAAGAUAAUCAAGCCAUGGGUCUAGCCCUAGUGCAUAUCAAAUGUAAUCAUAUGAAAUAUAAUGUCAUUCAUUCAUUCAUUCAUUCAUUCAUUGCAACUGAGAUGCUGAUACAGCAUUGUGAUUUACUACCAAACACGAUGGUGCACGAUUUCCGUUUUUGUCUGCAUGGUAUUUCUGUUUCGAUAUUCAACCCACCACUUUAUUGGUGGUUGUAAGGUUGUGGUCUGGUUUGAUAUAGUCUCGAACGAUCAGAGCCAGUGUGGGUAACGAUAAUAAUAAACAGCAUAGGCGUACGGGAGAAAAAAAAAGUUGAUGAAAUUGCCCGACGAAUUCAAAAUUGUUUUUCGUUAUAAAUUUCCCAAAAUUUGUGUGAUGUCGAAACAUAAUUUUCAAAGCGUAACAUAUUUCUUCCUAUUUUCGACAAUUUUAAUGCGCGCCGCUCUUCCUUUUAAUCAUUUAGCUGAUUUUUAAGUAGAAUUGUCCAAUUUUUAAGUGCAAUCUGUCCGGUUUUAAGUACAACCAAAAUAUUGGGUAGGAGACUGCAGUCCCCCCUUCUCUCCUACGCCUAUGACAAGCAGCAGCGAUAUAUAGGAAAUACAACUAGCUGAAAAAUACAAACAUACUGUCUUAUAUUUCAGUCCCAAAGAACCGCCACCACCCCCACCUUCUGAACCUGAGUGGAGCGAGACUGAGAGUGAAAUCAGUCAUUUACAAGAUGUGCAUUUUAAAGAUUUUUUGAAGAAGAAAAAACAUGUCUUGGUCAUGUUCUAUGCUCCAUGUAGGAUACAAUAUACUCUUUUCUAUAUAUAUAUUGUAGUUUACUUCAGAUGCUAGUCUUGAAACGCAAUUUUUUCCCCGGCUGUCUGCAAGAACCUGUAGUUGAGUUUUAUAUCUAAAUGCGAAAAUAGCAGUAAGUUGCAGACCCUUUCUGAGUACCUUAUCCUGUCGCUUAUCCUGUCAUGUCCUGUCGUAUAUCCUGUCAUGUCGCUUAUCCUGUUCUGUACCUUAUCCUGUCCUGUACCUUAUCCUGUCCUGUACCUUGUCAUGUCCUGUACCUUAUCCUGUCCUGUACCUUAUCCUGUCCUGUACCUUAUCCUGUUCUGUACCUUAUCCUGUUCUGUACCCUGUCCUGUCCUUAUCCCACAUUCACUAGACUUGAGCUUCUUUGCAAUCUAGUAGUAGGCAUGUUGAUUGUCUUAAUGAUAUACCUUGUGUAUUUACUCAGGGUGUGGUCACUGUAAGAAAGCGAAACCUGAGUUCACAGAAGCUGCCAACCACUACGCUGGGAACAAGAAGGUACGUUAAGUGCUGCGCGCGUUUAUUUACUAAUUACUGGGUUUUAAUGGUAAUUUAAAUAUGUUUGUGUUAAUUUGAUUUAGAUUGGGUUUGCUGCAGUGGAUUGUACUAAAGAAACUGCUUCUUGCAGUGCCCACGGCGUUCAGGGGUUUGUAUUUCUCUUGUGCAGCUAUUAUUGUGCAGCAACGUAUAUUUCUUCAAAUCGUUUCGACAUGAAGUUUCUAACGAUGAACUGUGGUUUGUAAUCCUAUUUACUUUUAAAUAUAUAAAAACUGCGUCCUCCCAAAUACAAGACUGCUACAUGCAUAUAAUGAGCAGAAUGAAUAUCAUUUUCAACUUUGAUAAAUGCUGAGAAAUUAUCAUAUAUUAUACAAAUGGUUACAAGUAAUUGGGCGAUAGUGCUGACAAUAUUGAGGGUAUUUCUCCAUUCUUAGCUAUCCAACAUUCAAGUAUUUUAACUACGGUAAAAAUGAUGAGAAAUAUACUGGAGGGCGAACAAAAGAUGACUUCAUUAAAUUCAUGGAGAACCCACAAGAACCAGCGACACCACCACCAGAGGAAGAACAAUGGUCAGAUGAACCCAGUGCUGUUGAACAUCUGACUGAUGACAACUUUGAAGACUUCCUUUCAAAACAUGACUCCAUGUUGGUCAUGUUUUAUGCACCAUGUAAGCGACUUACUGUAGCGCCCAGUUGUACGAUACCUGAUUUGCUCGUCACAACAUCGAAUUUAACCGUUUCUGGAACCACGUAACACUUGAAAUUGCGAUUACAUAACAAAAUAAGACGAAAAUUUUAAAUGGGAAAAUUUUGUGUGAAUUAUUCCUGAGCGGCAUAUGUUCAUGUCAUACCAAGUGAAACCAGUAAUUAUUAGUUACUUACUUAAUAAUUAUGCAUCUAUGUCAAACCAUGUCUAGACUUGCAUCGAAGAUGCAGUACAAAAACAGGAUAUAAAGACAGACAGACAGACAGCCUUAAUGAAUUAAUCAAAAUUUUGAUUAAUAGGGAAAUUUGUUGAAAUUCUACAUUUAGCUAAAUUCAUCAUCGAACUAAUCUGAUAUUUAUGAUUUUUCUUGAAAAAUGCGUCUUAUAUUUGUAGAAUUUGAUUUACAUUGAAAAUUUCAAAAUGUUUUCGAUGUUUUACUAUAGGGUGUGGUCACUGUAAAGCAAUGAAACCAGCUUAUGUGGAGGCAGCUGAUGAAAUGAAAACUCAAAAGGUUUGUGACAUUUCUCUAUUGCAUCUCUAUCGGUUUUUGUUUCGGCGUGAAUAACUCUAACAUAAUAGUUAUAUUCACGAAUAACUUUCGUGAAUAACUGUUGGCUGACACAAAAAAGAAUAGUCUGCAGUGGCAGUACUCACUGGCCGACACAAUAAAUGACUUACUGAUAAGCUUUAAAGAUUAAGAGAUUAAGAUUGUAGUUACAAUAAACUGGGACAAUGUUAAAACCUGAUAGACCAAAACGUCUUGAUGAAAACUGAGAUUGCACAAACUGAAAUUUCCAGCGCUCGGGCGGAAAUAUGCAUGUUAACCACCUAAUACGCACCCUCGACUUUUUGCGCAAACUGUUUGCCACUUACAAUACUUAACCGCUAGAUCUGCUUGUGAAUUCAUUGCAAGAUUUCAUUAUUCUUUGUUCAGGUGAAAGGUGUCCUCGCUGCAGUCAAUUGUAUGAAAGAACAGAAACUAAGAACUAAAUAUGAAGUCAAUGGUUUUCCAUCAGGUAACACUGUGUUAAUAUGACUUUUCAUUGCUGUUCUUUUCCACUAAUUUUAAAAUCACUAUUUUCUCUUUCUAUGUCCGUGAUGAUUAGUCAAAUACUUCAAGUAAGUGUUGAUUGUGAUGUGCAUUCAUACAGUAACAUGCACGUGUUUCCUGUUUCAUAAUAAGCCAAUUCCUGAUUCACGCGUUAUUGGCUAUGCUAAAAAUGUCAGUGUUUUUCAUAUAGGGAUGGUAAAUAUGCUUAUGAUUACCCACGGUCGAGGACAAAAGAUGAUUUGGUCGAUUUUAUGAAGAAGUGAGUUCUGGUUGUAAACGUAUUUACAUUGUACAUGCUUAUGUGAUGUAGGUAAAUAAAUAGACAAAUUUGUUACCCAAUUCACAACUUUUAGAUAUGCCUAGUUACUCUUCUUCUAGUUUAUAGAAGCAUAGAAUAGAACAAAAAUAACUAAGCAUUAGAGUUCUAUGUAUACUGUAAGAGUUAUUCACUCAUGUAGAUCAUUCUAAAGCUUAGUUACAUUUGUUCAAUUCUAUGCUUCUGUAUGCUAGAACAAUAAACAAUUAUUGAAUGAGGUCGAGUAGCAUAUGAGGAAUUAUUAAGGCCAAGGUUUAUGUUAUCUUCCGAAGCCGUAAGCUGAGGCAGAUAACUCAAACCGAGGCCUUAAUAAUUCCUAUAUCCUACGAGAACCGAAUUCGAUAAUUGUUUAUUCUAGCAUACAGAAGCAUAGAAAUGAACAAAUGUAACUAAGCUUUAGAAUUAUCUACAUGAGUGAAUAAGUCUUACAGUACACACAAAAGUCGGCGAACCUUUCCUUGUAUUUUCCCGAUUUUGGCAUACGCCGCAUAAAUUGGUGUGACGUCAUAGCGCGUUACCUUUGUUUUUUAAUAUACCACGACAUCGCGUCAGACGUGGUAUAUUUGUUUUCAAUAUUCCACGGUGAUGUCAUAACUCCAAAUUUGGGCAGCUACCGAGCGGAUAUGACGAUUUCACCGACAGGACAGCUCUUAGCCAAUCAAAACUCUUGAAUUAUAUUGAAGAAAUAAUAAUGAUAAUUAGUGAGUUAUCUAAAGUUGUGAAUUGUUGUGUAAACAAACAUUCACCAAAUUUGUCUGUGUGUUGAAGAAAAGACUUAUCCCAGGAAGUUCAAUGCUGAGAAUAUAUUGAAGUCAGAAGAAAAGGACAAAAUUAUGAAUUACUGUAAAUUAUAUUUUCAUAAAUUUUUUUAUCAAGCUCUCAUUAAGAAACUUAUCUAAAAAACUGCUUCCUCGAUAAAUAUUCAUAUGUAUCUUAUACAAUAUUUAAUAUAUAAAAUAAAUACUUUUCCAGUCCAUCUGAAGCACACAAGAAUCCCAACACUAUUGUGAAGAAUGAUAUACCAUGGAGUGAUGAAGAUACUUAUGUUGCUCAUUUAACUGGCGAUGAUUUUGAUCAAUAUGUUCAAAGUCAUAAUUCUGUUCUUGUCAUGUUCUAUGCACCAUGUAAGAUGAAGCUCAUCUUGUUGCUUGAAGCUCUCGAAUCUGACUCUGAAAGGCUGUGUGUUAUUAAAGCAACAUAUGCUUGUUUUAGGGUGUGGUCAUUGUAAGAAAACAAAACCGGAGUUUGAGACAGCAGCAGAGACAAUCAAUACUCACAAAGUAAGAACGUCUGAUGGCUAAGUUCACAAGCCAUGUUUUCCAUUGGCCGUACAUUUAUGUUAGAGAAAGUACCUGUACGCUAUGUUAUGAAGGAGCAUUCUAUUUUAUUGCAAUUGCCUUUUCGGCUGAUUAUACAGUAUAUUAUCUAUCGUUUGUUCAUUAUUAGUGAAUCUGGGUUUUUCUUACUUUUUUAAAGGGACAAGGUAAAAUGGCAGCUGUUGACUGCACAAAAGACCAAGAACUGUGUAAGAAAUACGAUGUCAAAGGAUACCCAACUAGUAAGUUUCCGUUAAACUAUACUGUUCAACAUCGCCGCGGAUUGGAUCCAGGAAACUUUUGGAGGGAUGAAUGCUUUCUUUGCAAGCUAAAAAAUAUACGAAGAAAAGCUCGACGUUUUGAGUAAAGGCUUUUGAUAAUGGAUUUGACUAAAGGUCUUCGCUGCAAAUAUUCAACUUGUUAAAAUAAGAUCACAAUACACAAAGCCCAAUGGGAUAAGCAACAUAUUGUUUGUGGUCACUCUUGCAUGGUAAACAGGUGCGUGCAUGCAUGCAUGCAUGCAUGCAUGCAUACAUGCAGUGUAGAAUUAUGCGACCUUUUUGAUUAGUUUAAAUUUUUGCCAGAUUACCCCUUUAUAUCCAAUUGUUACUCACAUAUCUUAAUGGUUUGUUCAAAUGCCCAUAUGUCAUACAAUGUUCUUAGAGUUGCCACAAGUCCGCCUCACAAUUUUUCCCUAGGUUUAUUUGGCGAGUAAAGAGGAACCGCGCGGAACAAAAAUGACGUCUUUGAAAAGGACUUUGCGAAAGUCUACAAUGUUCCAUACCGUGUUGUUUGCAGUUCAUUUUCAGUUGGGAUAAAUCUUAUAAAAAUAUUUCAACACAUUUGCAUGAUAUUGAGCCAACACGGUUGCAUGGAUCUGCUUAAACGGGCCUUGAUGAUCAGUGGCAUUUUAGGUAGAGACGGUAGCAGGCAGCUGCAGUAUGAAGGAUGUACAACUACUGGAAAAAUUGUUUAUUUUUCACACCGCAGCGCUCCUUCAAAUUCAAGGCAAUUCACUUUAGCUAAUUUCCAUUUGUUCUCUUUUUUUUACAGUAAAAUAUUUCAAGUAAGUUCUGCCUAAAUAUAUUUACUCCAAAAGAAUUCCAUGGGUUUUAUCAUCUUUUUAUAUAUUCAUCUUACUGUCCUCCAUAUUUUUCCAUCAGUCAAUUUUGAACUUUGUGUGUUUGCAGGGAUGGUGAAGAUUCAUUUAAAUAUUAUCAAGCAAGAACGGCGCAGAGUUUUACUGCAUUCAUGAAGAAGUAAGUUGAAGAUGCCACUCACAUUCCUAGUUCUCCAUUAGUUUCGUACAAUAAAAUGGAACAAUGGGAAGCAAAUAUUUAAAUUGUACAAUAUAUGCUAUAUGUUACAUAUUACUAGGCAUUCAAGCUGCUCAUUAGAUGAUGGAAUCCCAAUAUUAUCACGAUUCAACACGUCAUUUGAAUGCUCAAUCUAAUUAUUAGCUUAUAUUCAUGUUUAUAUUAUACUGUAUAAUAUUGGACAGCUGUGGUGUGAAGGAUAUACAACUACCUGACAAAUAUAAGCAGAACGUCAAGGUUUCGAGCGAAGACCUUUAAUAGCUUUAGUAAAUUUCAAUAUUGGCAUUUCUUCAAUCUUAUUUUAUAUUAGUCCCCAGCCUCCAGAGCCAGAGUGGAGCGCUGUUCCUGGUAAAGUGAAACAUCUCACCGAUGAUAACCUUGAAGAAGUCUUAAAAAGUCACAAGUCUGUGCUUGUUAUGUUUUAUUCACCGAGUAAGUAACUCUUUAUUUCUCGAAAGUUUCUUCUAUCAUUCAAUCAUUGGUAAUGAAGCAACAUUUAUACUAACUUCUUAUGAGUUUUCAGCAUCACUAUCUUUCAUUGUACUGUUAUUCUCAUGCACUAAAACAAUGCCUUGGUAUAUCUGCAAUAGCCUGGACGGCUGGACCUGCUGCAAGUCUCUGUGUCGUUCUACUGUAUUGCAUCUAACAUGCACGUGAUAUAGUAAGUCGCAAUAUUAUAGGACGACACAGACUAGGAACAAGUCUGCAACCAGUUACUGCAAGCCAAGAAAACCAUUACACAAAGUAGCAAAAAUUAACCAUAAGCACUAUAAACUCUGUAGACAAUAGUUUGGUUAAAAUCGAUCAUGCUUGGUCUUUGCUCUAUUGCAUCUCGGACAUAUAGGUUUGAAAAAUUAUGAGUCAUUUAUAAGAUGUUUCUACUACUCUACAAUAGUACCUUUUUGAAUGUUCAAGUUCUCCAUGCUCAAACGUAUCCAACGGAACAACUAACGUACUGUAGUUGUGUCCAACUGGCGCCAGGUGCUUUAGCCGUAAACCGUCUAAAUGUAUCUUAUGAAUGGAUAUUGAUGCCUGGUCAUAUGAAUAAUUUCCUAUAUUUUUGCAGGAUGUGGUUAUUGCAAAACCAUGAAACCUGACUUCAUCGCAGCUGCCGAACAACUAAGUGCAGAAGGGGUAUGUUCGAGAAAUGAUCGUUUUUAAAUAUAUAAUCUGAGAUCUGAGCAGCCUUUGUACCGCUUCAUGAACCUUUGACUGAUAGAUUUCUGUUAUAAAUAAUACUUAUGUUUCUAUAUAUAUAUAUAAUUUACGGACUAUAUUUUCUUAGUCUGACAUAGUUCUGGCUGCCAUGGAUGCGACGAAAAAUGCGAAAACUGCUCAAGAACAUGUCAAAACUGGUUAUCCAACAAGUAGGAUGUUAUUAU